AAGAAGGAAAAACAGAGUGUACCUUGCCAUAUAACGUAUUGUCUAUUUCUGUGAAAUAUAUUUUACAAGUAACGGGGUAUUUCAUUGCGUAAUGGAAUGCGGAAAUACCAUUUGUGUUACCGGGUUUAUUUGUGAGUCAAGGACUUCGACAAAGGUUCUACGACAUCUUGGCGGUCUGAGCUUUGUGCUGUGUGAUAUCUCUAGACAAAGGAUUAUUAUAACAUAGAUCUGGAUAUACGGUGCUACCGUUAUGUCUAAAAUUCUUCAUUUCCAAAAAGUGAGCCAAAUCAGAAUGUUAGUUAUAGCAUGGAACAAGGAGAAAAUCAAUCAACCUCACAAAAUUUCUCGAUGGCUAAACCUGAAAAUGUAUCUGCAGCUUUUGAAAGCAUUAAAGACAAUGCCACUUUCCAGUUGGGUGGCCUUCGAGAUGGUAUCUCUGCUCAGAUGUUACAACAGCUGACACCAGAACAACAACAGAUGCUGAUAGCAGAAGCUGUAUCUAAAGCAAUGGGCUCUAAUACAGAAAAUAUGAAAGACAAUGGUAAUUUCCAGCUGUUGGUCAGCAGGGAGCAAUCAGAACUGUUACUACAACAGGCUGCCUCACAGAUCUCCCCACAGUAUACUGAUGCUGAAAUGGUGUCUAAAGCUAGUGAUCUUAAAGAGAGUUUAUCCCAUCAUCAUUCUGGAACUGGGGACCAGUCAGGUCAGUUACAUAUACAGUUACCCUCACCAACAACUGGUUUCAAUCUCAAGAAUGAUGUCAAAAGUUUUGUGGAGAGUAGUAGCCCACGUAAACCACAUGAAAAUAUGAAAGCACAAAUAGAAGUAAUACCCUGUAAAGUAUGUGGAGAUAAGUCAUCUGGAGUCCAUUAUGGUGUUAUAACUUGUGAAGGCUGCAAGGGAUUCUUCAGGAGAAGUCAGGCUGGACCUGUCAACUAUCAAUGUCCUAGGAAUAGGAACUGUGUGAUAGAUAGAGUCAACAGAAAUAGAUGUCAGUUCUGUAGGCUACAGAAAUGUCUAGCACUGGGCAUGUCAAGAGACGCUGUGAAGUUUGGUAGAAUGUCAAAGAAACAACGAGAGAAAGUAGAGGAUGAGGCCAACUUUGUUAAACAGAAUAGACUUAACGGGUAUGAUCCAACAUCACCGACAGGCAUGGUAUCACCAAACAACAACAGUCAAUUUACCUCUCCAGCGUUUCCAGAGCCGCAGCAGCAACAGCAGAAUUUUGUAUAUACUUCCAAUGGUUAUACAUAUGCAUUACAAUCUCCAAUGUCACCAGAGACACCUGUCUCGCCUGGCGAUCCACCUGCCUACCCAACUACACCUACAACUGCUCCACACCCGGUGGCUUUGCUCAGGGCAAUAGAUUUGAUGGAUUCAAGUACAUUCAGCAAGGCUGUAUUAGAUGCCCAUCUCAGAACCUGUUUAUACAGUGCUGAUCAGAUAGACCUUCUGAAAUCCAACCUGCCCUCAACAGAAACAAUCAACACAUAUAAAAAUAUGAGCCAUAAACAGUUAUGGAUGGAGGUAGCAGAGAAGAUAACUAUAGCUGUACAACAGAUUAUAGAGUUCGCUAAAAUGAUUCCAGGUUUUAUGGACUUAUCUCAGGAUGAUCAAAUUAUGCUCUUAAAAGCUGGUAGUUUUGAGCUUGCAUUGAUCCGGUGCUGUAGGGUAUACGAUUCCUCCAAGAAUAGUGUUGUGUUUGGUAAUACUAUAUUACCAUUAGAAGUGUUUGAUGCAUUUAACGAUGAAGAAACACAUUUACGAGACAGUAUUUUUGAGUUGGUGAAAACUUUAUUGGCUUUCAAUUUAAACGAAUCAGAAAUUGCAUUGUACAGUGCUUUAAUAUUAAUCAGACCAGAUCGACCUGGUCUCAAAGAGCUAGUGGAUAUACAGAAAUUAUACGAGAAAAUUCUGUCUUCACUGAAAGGAGAGAUCGUCAAAACACAUGCAGACAAUCAGGAUGUUCUCAACAAACUAAUGCAAAUCGCAUGGACCCUUCGCAAUCUUAGUGCUCAGCAUAUAGUGCUUCUUAACAAAUUCAAAAUGUCUGCACCAGACAUGGAAUUCCCUCCCCUUCAUAAAGAACUCUUCAGUGUGGAGGGACUGGAUUCUUGAUGUUAAACUAGGCUUAUAACUGUGACUUGUUGUUGAUGAAUUAAUGAUAUUUGUUAUGGAAUUUGUAUGUCUUGUUUUAUUACUUUUUAAACUUUUAUCUUUUAAAAGAUAUUUUUUUUAUGCAGUAAAUACAAGUUGGUUAAAACAUCUUGUGCAAUACACUUCCAUUUUAAAUGAACGUUGUAUAUUUCUUAAAAAUCAUGUUCAUAUAUCAUCUUGUAUUGCAAUGUCAGGUCUUGAAGAAUACAAGCUAAAAAACUGUGAAAUACAUCACUAUUGCUAGUUCAGAAAAAUGUCAUCACACUAUAUGAACAUUUGCUAGUUUUUUUAGGAGAGAAAAGUUUCACAUUAUAAAACGUGAUUUGGUAGACCUCAUUAAUAUCAUAUAACAUGUUUACAGAACUUGGAAAUAGAGUUAAUUAUGUCUUGUAUUUACAUAUAACAAUGUCCUCGACUCUUGGGUCUCAAACUUCAGUAAGUACUUGGGGGACUAAAAAUGUGCUAAAAACACCAAAAGCAGUAUUUUAAUUAAUUGAUUUUUAGUCUUAAGUUCCAUAAUCAGGCUAGAUAAUUUUAUGACUGCAAGGCCUGUCAAUCAAAAUUCAGAAUUAAUACGCCAAAACAUUUUUCCCCUUUAGUAUAUAAUAUCAGGUUUUAUGGCCAGGCUCGUGUGUAUUAAUACAGGAAUGGUUUUAUAUCAUACUUAAACCUAUUCAGACAAGGUUGACAUUAUUCCACAACACUAGUUUUCAUAUUAAAUUUGAAGAUAGGGGAAUAAUUUGUUCUAGAAUUGUUCAAGUCACUGUUACAGUAUCCAAAUGAGGAAAAAGUUUAACUGCAUCAGGCCUCAUAAAACUUUCGAGCAUGAUUUUUGUACUCCGACUCGAAAAUCAACCAAUCAAAGUGUUGGAUUUCAUGUUUCGAGCAUGAUUUUUGUGCUCGGUGCUUUUGUGCUCAGAGCACUGAGCAAAGUCUUAUGCCUUCAAGGCCAGGUCUUUCUGUACAGUGAAAUUUACAAAGAGAUAAACUUUCACGUCAUUUAAAUAUACUGGAAUUUAUAAAACUUAAAACUAUUUCAAAAAAAUAUUAUACUCCUUAUACUAAACCAAAGAAAAAAAUGCACAUGUUACUGAUAAAAAUACUACCUUUUAUGGAUUUUUGUCUGUUGGAAUCAUUCAGAAAAGUAAAAGAUUUGUAUUCUAUCUUUUAAACUUAAAAUGGCUCUAAAAAAUCAAGAAAAAUUUAACAUCUUGACAAAAAUCUGAAUGGAUCCAGAGGUUGUAUCUCAAAUAUGAUUGAAUUUGUUAGUCAAGCUCCUUUAUGUUGAUCCAGAGGUCAUACAUGUAUCUCAAAUAUGAUAGAUUUUUUUGGGUCAAGCUCCUUUAUGUUUGAUUUAGCCUUCAACCCUCAAUUUUUACACAAGAAUCAAAAUUGUCAUUAUUUGUUGUUGAUACCUCUAAUAACUCAGGAAAAUCAAUAUCAGCCUUACCAACAACUGUACAGCAUCUCUGUGUUUACCAUUCUUGUAUAUAUACCAUCACAUCAUCCAAUUAUCAGGUCUUCUCUAUUAGUUAUUUUCCUCCAUUGAAAGGUGCACCUCUUUGUAAAGGAGUGACUUUUGAUUUAUUUCAAGUAAAGUUAAUUUCAUCUGACCUGUAUUGCAUUGAGGGAUAUUUUAUAAUUUUUCAUGGCAAAUAGUUGCACCAAAAUUUGUUUUUCGGACGUCUGUGUGCAUAUCUUCAAUUAAAAGGGGUCUUGUACUUGUUUAACUGGUUUGAUUCAUCCCGAUACAUAUAAACAUUUCUAAUUUUUGAAAAAACAUUUAAAUUUGCAGAAAUGGAU